GUGAGAAAUACAAACAUUUGAAUGGACUUAGAGGUGAAAGGCGUGGCCGCCUCUAGGAGUCAGACUCGGCUGUUUUCUGGAAGAAAGAAUUCCCUGCAACAAGGAUGGACUUCCAGAUCAUGGUCAAUCCAAAAUUCCUGCCUACCUAUGGUCCCGCCACUUGAUCUGGGAAGCCUUGUUGACUCCGAUGAGGAGGAUAAUUUUUCCCAAGCACCACGUGGUACAGUCCACGUUCGCCUUAACCCACCACGGUCACAGCCUGCUCUGGGUUGGGUUAUGCCGUGUCAAAGACCAUAUCCUCAGCAUCAUCUCCAUGAAGUGGAACACGACACAAUAACUGAGGAUCUGCCAGCGCCAACAGGCAAAUAUAAGCUCAAGUACCAGCAGUACGCGAGUGAAAUGAAGGAUGGCUACAGACGAUACAUCCAGAGGAGUGCAGAGAGGCCAAAGGCAGCAAGCAGACCAGAGAAAACCGAGAAGCAAGAGGCAGGGGAGGACUGUGUGAGAGUGGACCGAGACAGUCUGGAUGACCUCAUGACUUUGGAUAAGAAAGCUCUCUUACAGCAAGAUUAUGCAGAGAGCUCUUACUGUAGACGCAGCAGCGCAAGGAAUUCAGAUGUGGAGACUGUGGCUAUAGAGAAGAAGAAACAGACCGUUGCAGAGCAAAUGAUGAUCGACCACUUGUCCAGGGCUGUCAUCAGUGAUCCAGAACAAGAUUCAAACACCAAAAAUCAAGAGAGUUCUCAUGUCCCUCCAGACUCAGAGAGGGCGCCACUUCGAGUCAGGAGAAGAACUCUGCAUGAAACAAAGAUAAGAACCAACUCCACAUUAACAGAGAAUGACCUUUCUCAGAAAGUAGAAUUCGAAGGGAGGGUCUUAUCAAGAAAUGGACGUGAUGCCUGCAGGGAACUGAUUGGGUUUUUCUUUACCCACGAUCAGUCCCUAACCGUGUAUGAAUAUCGAGUGUUCGGGAAAAACAGAACAAGUGUGCUUCCUUUUAUUAAAAAAGACAUUUAUUGUCAUCAGUAUGGACGAAGAAAAGGAAAGCAAUAUGAGCUUGGUGACUUCUAUACUGGUGCAACUUUGACAUUUUUGAGCUGUGAUCAUCCUAGCCUUCCAAAGACGAUAAAAGAAAAUGCAUUGCUUAGACUUCGAAUUACAAAUAUUGAUCAAGUGGCUUUGAAUUCUCUGAAAGUGGCCUCUGCGGAACGUGGGGAAGAAGACACAGUCAGUGAGGAGGCGCAUGAUCAGCUGGUGCUGCAGGCCAUUCAGGAUAAACUGAAAGAACAAGUGCACAAGAAGGGCGUUCGCAUUUUGACUGGAUUGGGGAAAUACUUCCAACGUUUGGACAAGGAAGGGAAUGGGCUUUUAGAAAAGGCAGAUUUUCGGAGAGCUCUGAAAACCUUUCACUUGGAAGUGUCUGAACAGGACUUUGAGUCUUCCUGGCUAAUUCUUCAAGGCCAUGGCCAAGGCAAGGACAAGGUGGAUUAUGGAGAAUUCAGACGUGCCAUUUUUGGUGAGAUGAAUGAAUAUAGGAAAUCAUUUGUUCGCAAGGCCUUCAUGAAACUGGAUUUUAACAAAACUGGCAUCGUGUCUGUUAUAGACAUAAGAAAGUGUUACUGUGCAAAGAAGCAUCCACGUGUGGUUUCAGGGCACUCAACAGAGGAGGAAAUCAAAUCAUCUUUCCUAGAGACAUUAAAAGGCACCUGCAGCAAGUAUGAUGAAGUUUCAUAUGGUGAAUUUGAAGAUUACUAUGAAGGCCUAAGUAUAGAGGUAACAAGCGAUGAAGACUUUGUUAACAUCUUACGUACUCCAUGGGGAAUUUAG